CGUCCAAGUCCACGCGGACACGCCUAUAUAAAGCAUCCCCGCUAGGGUUUCUUCGGUUUUCAUCUUCUUCUUCUUCGCAGCGCCAUUCUCUUGCAGAACGAUCGGUGCGAGGUCGCCAUGGGGAGAAGACCGGCAAGGUGUUAUCGGCAGAUCAAGAACAAGCCGUACCCGAAAUCACGGUACUGCCGUGGUGUUCCUGAUCCUAAGAUCAGAAUCUAUGAUGUUGGAAUGAAAAAGAAGGGUGUGGAUGAGUUCCCCUUCUGUGUUCACUUGGUGAGUUGGGAGAAGGAGAAUGUUUCGAGUGAGGCCCUGGAAGCAGCUAGGAUUGCUUGCAAUAAGUACAUGGCCAAAUUUGCUGGAAAGGAUGCUUUCCAUUUGAGAGUGAGGGUCCACCCCUUCCAUGUUCUCCGUAUUAACAAGAUGCUUUCCUGCGCUGGGGCUGAUAGGCUCCAGACUGGUAUGAGGGGUGCUUUUGGAAAGCCACAGGGUACAUGUGCUCGGGUUGCCAUCGGUCAGGUCCUGCUCUCAGUCCGGUGCAAGGACAGCAACAGCCACCAUGCCCAGGAGGCCCUUCGCCGUGCCAAGUUCAAGUUCCCUGGCCGUCAAAAGAUCAUUGUCAGCAGGAAGUGGGGAUUUACCAAGUUCAGCCGUGCUGACUAUUUGAGGUGGAAGGGAGAGAACAGAAUUGUUCCAGAUGGUGUGAAUGCCAAGCUCCUUGGAUGUCAUGGACCUCUGGCGAAUCGUCGACCUGGAAGAGCUUUCUUGGAUGCAACUACUUAGGACAUCUGGUGUCUAACUAGAAUAUUUCUGGAUUUUGUAUUCGGAACUUGUCCGUCUUACUAUCAUCUGUUGUUUUCUCUCAGUAUUCAGAGUUGGAUUGGGCUUAUUAUCCUGAAGUUUAUGCACAUUAUAUUUGACUUUCAUUUUCUUGGA